GCCGUUGCCUCUGUGACGUCACGACGUCGCAGAUCACAUGUCAGCCACGGCGUUUGGCCAUUUAGCUGAAGUUCUGAGAAAAGUUUGACAAUCUCGUCGAGCGUCGAUUUCGCUUCGAACAUCCAGGACGUAAUCGAUACUAACAACCAUGGAGUCCGUCGCCCAGAAAGUGAUGUCGUCUGGAUUUGCUUUAGACUUGGGACCUCUGAAGGAACCCCUGGCCUUCAUUCGAUUGCUAGAAUGGGUGUUCUCUAUUUUUGCCUUCGCCACCACAGCUGGCUACAGCGGCAGCACCAGCUUCAACGUCCAGUGUUCGGGCAGCAGCAGUAGUCAGGAAGUACAAGCCAAGUUUAACUACCCUUUUAGGUUGCCAGAUCAUUCUUUUGACGUUCCUGACUGCAAGCCGAAUCAAACAUCCACCUCCACCUUGUACUUGGUCGGCAACCAUGCAUCAUCUGCACAGUUUUUUGUCUGUGUUGGAGUGUUGGCGUUCAUCUACUGCACUGCCACCAUUGUCCUCUACCUUGGCUACCAGCACCUUUACAGGGGGACCAGUCGUGGACCCACUGUGGACCUACUGCUGACAGCAGCCUUUGCCUUCCUGUGGCUGACUUCAGCCUCUGCUUGGGCUAAAGGCCUGACAGAUGUGAAGUACGCCACCAGUCCUGCCACUGUCGUGUCAGGGCUGGAUGUUUGCAAGGGGAACACAUGCACUUCAGGUGCCGUUCCUCACAUGGGACGACUGAAUGCCUCAGUGAUAUUUGGUUUUCUCAACUUAAUCUUGUGGGGAGGCAACUGUUGGUUUAUUUACAAGGAGACUCCUUUCCACAAGACGUCAAACCCGCCUGCCGACACAGAAGGAGGCGCCAGACCCAUGUAACUCACCUUCUAUCCAUGUUCUUUCUCAUGAAUUUUCUGUUUACACAGCCAUUUCAUUAAAAUAGUUUUUCUCCAAAUGUGGAACUUUGAGAAGGAAUAUUAAAUUAGAUAAGAUUAGAUCGCAGGAUGAAUAUGUUCCCAAUGUUGUCAUUAACAUUAUAAUCCAGGGUAUUGUUGAAUUAGUUGUAUGCGAUCUGCACUUUCAGCUUCUGUUAUUUGAAAAAGCAGUUAACAUUUAUUUAGGUCAUCCCUAAACUUUGAGUAUUACAGAACGUCAAUAUGUUUUUAUUUGCAUUGGAAAUCAACAUGUUGUCAUUACUUAUGAUUAAUAAUUGCCAGCAUGUUGAUGAGAAAGAUUAAUAAUUUGACAUUAUUUAAAAACCCUGUCUUUUCUGUGUGAAAGCGGCUUUUAAAGACACACAGAGGCCUUUUGGUGGUUAUGUGCUUAAAUGCAAAAAAAGCUAGAAAAAAUAGACUAGUCCAGCUCCAGCAUGGCUCUUUUAUGUUUUUUUUUCAUUGUUCCAGUUUUGCUUUGUGUGUCUUGUGUAGUGACCAAAAUCCUACCAUAUUUCAAUGCCAAAAUAUUGGGGCUCUGUUGCGCUUGACCUGUGUUGGUUGUUACAGUUGCAGGUGUAUUUUGAUUUCCUCAUGCAUUCUCAUAACGCAGUAAAAACAUGUUGCUUCUUUGUUACUAACAGUUUAUAAACGCAUUGUAUACACAUUGACUUUUUCAUGUGGAAUUGUUUGCUGAAUAAAACCGACUUUCUGUCGACUUGAUUUUUUUUUUG